AUGAGGAGGACGAGGAGCCUGAGGCUAAGAAAGCGAAGACGAACGGCGGCGGCGCCUCGCAGAAGGCGGACCCCCCGCAAAGAUGGUACGUCUCGUGUUCCAUGCGAGUGGAGGUGGGGUGUGGUUAACUCUGGUGUGUUUUCGAAGGUGACUGUGCUGAAACGCGGGGCUGCGCCGGUCGACCCUACCUCGGGAUGGGUGGAUACGCAUCAAGUCCUGUCGACCCCGGAGGGUAUCUGGGACGCGACCCUGAACCAGACAGACAUCGGGAAGAAUGCGAACAAAUUCUACGUCUUGCAGGUCUUACACCCCCUCGGCAACGAGGGAAACUGCACGUUGUUCACGCGCUGGGGCCGUGUCGGCGAGAGCGGGCAGCAGCAGAAGAAGUCUGCCAUGUCCGCAUCUGCUGCCGUGAGCGCGUUCAAGGCGCAGUUCAAGGCGAAGGCCGCGGUGAAUUGGGAACAGAGGCAUGGUAUGGUCGCGAAAAAGGGUAGCGUGCCUUUAGAACGUAUUUUCGAAGACGAAGGACAGGAAGACAGAGUGGAAGGUAGCUCGAAAAAGGAUGAGGAACCGGAGAAAAUCCCCGACUCCACUCUCCCGCAAGAAAUCCAGGCACUAUGCAGACUGAUGUUCUCCGCGAAGCUCAUCGACGCUACGUUGUCUUCGAUGAAUUACGACGCGAACAAGCUGCCCCUUGGAAAACUGGCCAAGUCAACCAUUCUCAACGGGUUUGCCGCUCUGAAGACCCUCUCAGAGGUCAUCUCGCAGCCGGAUAGUGACACAGCGAAGCAAUAUGGUGGCUUCCGCUCUGCCGUCCAAGAAUUGACUGGCCGCUACUACUCCAUUAUCCCGCAUGUAUUUGGGCGUAAUCGUCCGAUUACCAUCGACUCAUUGCCUCUGUUGAAAAAGGAAUUGGACCUCGUCGAUGCGCUAGGAGACAUGGAAGUAGCCUCGAAGCUGAUCUCGUCCACGGUCCCCAAAGACGCGAGCGGCAAGCCUCUCAACCCGUUGGACCACAACUUCCUCUCCCUCAAUCUCUCCAAGAUGGAUCCGGUCUCGCGGAGCAGCAAGGAGUUCGGUGCGCUCGAGGCGUACACGCGCGAUACGCACGGCGCGACGCACCGCCAUUACCAGGCGCAAGUUCAGAAUGCAUUCCGUGUUGAGAGACAAGACGAGACGGAGGCGUGGAUGAAGGCUGGGAACGAUAAGGUUGCGGACGGAGAGCGUCUUCUGCUCUGGCAUGGUUCGCGUUCAACUAAUUUGCAGGUAUGCUGCCUCUCCUCGCACCAAGGUCUGCGGAUUGCUCCUCCAGAAGCUCCCGUCACUGGUUACAUGUUUGGCAAGGGAGUUUACUUCGCCGACAUGAUGUCAAAGUCCGCCAAUUAUUGCCAUGCAUACCUGAGUGAUAACACGGGUAUCCUCCUCCUGUGCGAAGUUGCAGCGAAGCCUUUCUACGAACAGUUUGAUGCCAAUUACAACGCCGACCAGGACUGCAAGAAGGCUGGUGCGAGGUGCACUAAAGGUUGUGGGCGAACUCAGCCCGGGGAGUGGCAAGACGCAGGUGCCACUUUAGAGAACGAUGCUCUCAAAGGCUGUCAUAUGCCGAAGGGACCUGGGAAAGACGUCCAGAACAUCCAGGGCUAUCUACAGUACAAUGAAUAUAUCGUGUACGACACGUCACAGAUCCGCUUGCGCUACCUCCUCAUGGUCAAGAUGAACUAGUAGCCCGCUUCCCCCACUCGCCAGCGGACAUUGACAGUGCAAAAUCUAAGACGUGGUACAGUACGUUGUUUAUCUGAAUUGUGUCCUAUGGGAUGUCAUGUUGCUCUCUCGCUCUCUCGCUGUCGUACGCUCUACCGACUGAACACACCUGUGCUUCGUCGAUGUCAUUAUACCUACAGUACGAUACAGCAAAUAAAAUGUACACUCGCAUGACUCAAUCCACUCUCCUCCGCUUAGCGUCGUGCUCCCCGUCCACCGACCGUGAGCGACGUCUCCGAUCCUGUCUUGGCUCAUCCCUGGCUCGCCAUCCCUCUCUCCGCACAGGAGAUCGUGACCUCGAGUAUGGCUGCCGUCUGCGGUCCCUGUCCCUGUCUCGGCCGUCAUACCGAUCUCUAUCCCU